AUGUCCCAUAGACUCCUCGACUCUCUCUCGCAAAGCCUCAAUGACUCGACCCAACAGUACAGUGACCCUCAAGGUUACUCUGGUGGUCAACUCUCUGACAAAAGCUCCUCAAACGUCUUUCACUCUUGCAGCCGCAUCACCUCUCACGCUAAGGAAAAAACCAGAUCUUCUGCCUCUAUCGACAGCUUCUCCGUCAAUGAUAUGUCGCUCCACCGCUGUCUCAGUCACCUCGUCGCCGGUGGCACAAAACCAUAA